CCUUUUAAACUUACACUCACCCAUUCUUUCACCUUCAUUUUCCCCUCUUUCCCAUUUUCUCGACAACCAAACAACAACAUCAAAACCCCAAUUUUGAAGAUCUCACGCAGAGAAAAAGCAAGAUGGACAGGCUCAUAAGCUUAGAGCCUUCAAAUCUUAUUACAAUUCGUAUAGAAAACGGUCAGAAAUGUUCCGGCGAGCUCACCUUACGCAACGUCAUGCACACCAUGCCAGUCGCCUUCAUGCUUCAACCAUUAAUGAAAAGCCGUUACACGGUUAGACCUCAAACUGGAAUCAUAUCUCCGCUUGAGAAGCUGACCGUGGAGGUCAUCUAUAAUCUCCCGUCGGGCUCGAAUCUUCCGGACUCUUUCCCUUACUGCCAUGAUUCAUUUCUUCUUCAUAGCGUGGUUGUUCCAGGAGCAGCCAUUAAAGACCCUUCUUCAACCUUCGACGCAGUUCCCAACGACUGGUUCACAACGAAGAAGAAACAAGUCUUCAUCGAUAGUGCUAUAAAGAUUAUGUUCGUUGGUUCUCCGGUGUUGGCACAACUUGUUGCCGACGGUUCAAUGGAUGAAAUUAGAGAAGUACUUGAGAGAAGCGUACCGGCAUGGAAAGCCGCUGACUCGGUUAAUUCCGAUGGUCAAACAUUACUUCAUUUGGCUAUCUCUCAAAGUCGUGCUGAUCUCGUCCAGCUUCUUCUUGAAUUCGAGCCUGAUGUGGAAGCUCAGAGCCUAUCAGGUUCAAGUCCCCUAGAGGCUGCAUCGGCUGCCGGAGAAGCUUUGAUUGUUGAGCUUCUAUUGGCUCGAAGAGCAAGCACGGAACGAUCGGAAUCAUCCGCUCGGGGUCCGAUUCAUCUCGCGGCCGGUGCCGGUCAUUUGGAAGUCUUGAGGCUUCUAAUAAUGAAAGGAGCUAAUGUAGACGCGGUCACGAAAGACGGAAAUACUGCUCUACACCUCGCCGUUGAGGAAAGAAGAAGGGACUGCGUGAGGCUUUUACUUGCUAGCGGUGCUCGAGCCGAUAUUCGCAACACCAGAGACGGCGACACUCCUUUGCAUAUAGCCGCUGCACUGGGCGAUGAACACAUGGUCAAGCUAUUCCUCCAAAAAGGUGCCAACAAAGACAUCCGGAACCACGCCGGAAGAACAGCUUACGACGUCACCGUCGAGAAUGGCUACACAAGGCUUUUCGACGCACUCCGACUGGGAGACAGCCUCUGCGUUGCGGCAAGGAAGGGGGAGGUAAGAACCAUUCUUAAGCUCCUUGAAAACGGGGCAGCCAUUAAUGGACGAGACCUACAUGGAUGGACAGCUCUGCAUAGAGCUUCGUUCAAGGGACGGAUUGAUGCGGUUCGAACGCUUAUCGAAAGGGGUAUUGAUAUUGAUGCUAAAGAUGAAAAUGGUUACACAGCUUUGCAUUGUGCUGCGGAGUCCGGACAUGGAGAUGUGACAGAGUUGCUGGUAAAGAAAGGAGCCGAUGUUGAAGCAAGAACGAAUAAGGGUGUGACUGCUCUGCAAAUUGCGAAGUCUUUGCACUAUGUAGGGAUUACGAGGAUACUUAUCCAUGGCGGAGCGACGAAGGAUAACAUGGCACAGAUUCCAGGAGUGGCUUCGAUUGCUUUGGAAAGCAAAAUGGUUGGUGUAGAGGGAGAGAAAGGAGCGAUGAAAAGGAAAGUGAGUCGAGGUAGUAGAGCUCUUCGUAGUAGCUUCGAUAGGUCAGUGCCAUUGGUUGUGCUUUAGCAAUGGGGUUUUCUCAUGAUUUUGAGGUCAAAAUUGAUUUUCUGAUUUUUUUUUCCGUGGAAAUAGCUGAUCAGAAAGUUUGUAGACUCAUUCAUAUACAUGUUCAUUCUCAACCUCGAGUACAUUGAUAAUCCAAUAUGUCAUCCUAAAUUUGAAGUGUAGAACUUUGUAAAACUUUUUGUUUGUUUAUGAAUUUUUGGCGUUUUGCCGUUAGGAAUUA